CAAGUGUAAGCGUCUACACGUGAUUAAGGUGAUCAGACUAGAAUUGAAGCUUGGAUAGAGGAAGGUGAAGGUCGAGGUAAAAAUAUCAAUAGGAAACUCUUCAGAAAACAAUUGAAAAAGGCUAAAGGUGUCUAGAUAUGGCAUCACGGUUGCUGUCAAAGCGAGUGAUGUACCUGCCAAAUCUUCGAGCAGUAGUGAACCAUUUCCGAGCUUUUUCCUGGUACAACAAUGGAGAGAAUGCUGACAGUUACAAAGUUGUUGGAGAAACUGAAUCAGAAUCUUUCACAGUCUGGCCUGAUGAAAAGUUGGGCCCUUUUGGACCUCAAGAUAAACGAUAUCCACUGCCUGGUAGAGUUGGAACUACAUUGAAAACCCCAACAGUGGCAAAAAAUGCACCUACCAUACAGACAUUAGAUUUAGAUACCCUGUUUGCACAGCUACCAUCAGAAAGACACAAGGAUAUACUGACCCAGGCACAAGAGGAGGCAGAAUCGUUGGAGGCCAUGGAGGAAAGUGAGAACUUGGAGAAACCAGUCCCUUCAGCAGAAGAUCUGUUAGAAUGUGUGGCUCAUGAAUGUCCCCAGCUCAUGAGGAAAGAUUUUGCCGAUUUAUUUCCCUGGAUGGAUAUUAUGCAAGGCCAUUUCACAGUGAUAACAGUGAGUCAAAAAACUAAAGAAGACAUGUCUGGAUGGUCGAUGGAGGUUGAAGCUGAAAGAGAGGAACUGUUGGACAGUUUUAUCAAAGGAGCAACAGAAAUUUGUGAGGCACUAAAUAAAGUAGGCUACUGGGCAGACUUUAUCGAUCCAUCCUGUGGAAAACCAUUUCACAGUCAACAUACAAAUUCCUCAUUGUUUGAGACAGAUGAAAGAUAUCGUAAACUUGGUUUUGAAAUUGAGGAUCUGGGAUGCUGUAAAGUAAUACGUCACCAUAUUUGGGGUACACAUGCUUACAUCGGAUGUUUGUUUACAAAUGCACCUACCACAGAUCCUAUUUUGAAAAUGAUGAAAAAAUCCUGAUCUGUUCACUCCUUUUAAAAACUGUUACAAGUAGUGCAAAAAUAUUUUAUUGUGCUUUAUUUGAGGUAAAGAUAGUUACUUUUUGCGGAAUUUUAAGUUAUAGUAGUGGUAUCCAUUUAGAAAGCAUCAAAAUUUCUGUGUUAAAGCAGCUGUGUUGUGAUUAUGGGUAAGAAUAUUUCUGUCUUUAAACUAUUGCAAUGAUAGUCAGCUGCUCAGCCAUUCUGUAUGUUGAAAACAUUCAGAAUACAUUAAAUCCAACAGAAGAGAAAAGUUUUUGUAAAGAGUUACUUUAAUUAUAAGUUUGUAUCAAUGAAUUAUGGUAGCAUUCUCUGACAAAAUCAGUAAUUCAUCUUAAUUUUACCUGCCUGCUAUAGAAAAAUACCCUGGUAAUGAUGAUGAGUUUUAGUGAAUUGCUUUGUAAGAGAAAUAUGCUUUAUUUAAAGAUACCAUCAUGACAAUGAUUAUCAGUUAAGACAUUUGAAAGAGAAAUGUUUAUAUUAUAUGUUGUUAUACAUAGUGCUCUAGGAAAUUUCAGGGAUUUUUUGUCACAUAUUUGUAACCCACUGUAUUGACAGUACAUUUUGUUCGAUUUUUGGAACAUUAUGAAAAAUUGUAUGCAAACAAGUACAUAUACCGAGAAAAACUGGCAUUUCAGCGCUAUUAAGUCAUUCGAAAUUUUAAAGAUGGUCUCCUUACUAACGAACAGACUUUGAGAGUUAGAGUACCUGUAAAAGUAUUUUCUUUUUUCUGUAUAAGAUUUUGUCUGCUGCUGUAUAUGAAGAUAACAGAAAAAUGUAUACAGUGUUUUAAAACAUAUCCAAUAUACUACAGUUUUUUGUCACCCAAUUUGAUAUACAUGAGUGAAUGUUUAAAAUGACAUGGUUAAUACUCUUGUUUUAUUGGUAGAUACAUGUUAAGUAAAAAGUUAUCAAUUA